GUUGGCUUGUACGUUGAUGAGCAUCAAUGUACAAAGUUUGAAUGCACACUCGUCGGACAUUGCAACAGAUCGGGUGCUUACCGCCGUUGAUUUGCUUGCAAUGAGCGAAACUUGGCUUGACAACGGCACAACCACAAACAUCAAUGGAUACCUUUGUGUUUGUCAAGAGAAGCGUGACGGAACAAGAGCGGGAGGAGUGGCAAUAUUUGAACGUGCUGGUUCGUCGACUAUGGCCGUUUCUCACGCCAUUACGAAGCUCAAUGAAAGCUAUGACCCAGCAUUGAGUGUAGCAGACGAAUAUGGGGACUGCUGUGCUGCAGAGGUUUCGAUCAUGGAAACCCGCACGUUACUGUUUGCGGUAUAUAUUUCACCAGGUACCACCCUGAAGCAAAAGAAAUAUUUCUUAGUGCGCAACCUCAUAAAGUACACCCAUGUUGCCAUGCCCGUGGUAGUGUCGGGAGACUUUAAUAUUGAUGUGACGAAAGAGGAGAACAGAGAUUUCAUCUGGUUCAUGAAGCAGUUUCUCUAUCUGGAUUGUGCUUCGGAUCCAACUAUAGCGACUACUCUGGGUGGCACAUGUCUCGAUCUAACGUUCACCUGGAACGUAAGUGUGGAAUGCAGGAGAUACUGCACGUACUUCUCCUACCACCGGCCUAUUUUGUCGAUUCUUGCGGUGUCCCGAGGUAAAACUAAUGAUUUAGAAUUAAACAUAGUUCUCUUCAUCAGUUAUGUUAUUUUAUUCUAGAACCGAUGCCAUCCCAGUGAAGUGAAUUAACGUCACUGAUCGUCGUUGGUCCGCUAGUUCAUCUGCCAAAACGUUCGAUUUCAACCAGAAUGACCAAUCAUUGACAUCAGCCGGACAGUCCGUAGCAAAAAUAGAUAAUUGAUCCUGAAAAUGAAACUUGAGUAUUUGAUUCAGCCCAACAGUGGAUUGAUGCAUCCUUUAACAUUCAUCGGGACCACGGCGUACAUCACUUCAAAAGGCUUCAAGCCAACAUAAACAAACGGCCCUUUUCAGGGCCACCAAAUAUUCAUGGAGGAAGAUGUUGUUGAGGCUGUUGUUUACCGAUCUUCUGUUUCUUUAAUACUCUGCUUAUAGUUAUAAACCGAAAUGAGUUUAUAGUAACAAUCGGGUUUUCGCCCAU